GUGGUUCUUUGGUGCCUGGUGCAGAAGGGACUCUCGGCCUGUGGAAGGGGAGCGGCGGCUCGAUCCAGGACUCUUUUACCUUCACAAUGUUUGGGGAUUUAUUUGAAGAGGAUUUUUCGUUUAUUUCCAACAAUCAUUGUGGGAAAGGGAAGAAAUCAAAGCCCAGAGAUUCUGAGCCUCCAGCUCCCAGGGAUUUCACCAACCUAAGUGGUAUCAAAAACCAGGGUGGGACCUGCUACCUCAAUUCCCUUCUGCAGACCCUGCUUUUCACACCUGAAUUUCGAGAAGCGCUCUUCUCUCUAGGACCUGAAGAACUUGGGACUCUGGAUGAUAGCAGUAAGCCAGAUGCAAAGGUUCGAAUAAUUCCAUUACAACUUCAGCGGUUAUUUGCUCAGCUUUUGCUCUUGGACCAGCAGGCCGCAUCUACAACAGACCUUACAGAGAGCUUUGGCUGGAGCAGUCAUGAGGAGAUGAGGCAGCAUGAUGUGCAGGAAUUGAAUCGGAUCCUCUUCAGUGCUUUGGAAACAUCCCUUGUGGGGACUUCAGGUCAUGACCUUAUUAACCGACUGUACCAUGGGAUUGUUGUCAACCAGAUUGUGUGUAAAGAAUGCAAGAACAUCAGUGAGAGACAGGAAGAUUUCUUAGACCUAACUGUGGCAGUAAAAGGCGUUGCUGGCUUGGAAGAGGCCCUGUGGAAUGCAUAUGUGGAAGAAGAGCACUUUGAGAAUGAGAACUUGUAUCGUUGUGGAGCCUGUGAUAAACUUGUUGAAGCUUCCAAGUCUGCUAAACUGCGCAAGCUGCCACCCUUCCUCACCAUCUCCCUCCUGAGAUUUAACUUUGACUUUGAGAAGUGUGAGCGAUACAAGGAGACGAGCUGCUACACGUUCCCCAGCCAGAUAAACCUGAGGCCUUUCUGUGAGCAGACUGAAAUGGAUGAUUCAGAGUACAUGUAUGAGCUCUUCUCUGUUAUUAUACACAAAGGUGGCUGCUAUGGAGGACACUAUCAUGUUUAUGUCAGAGAUGUGGAUGACCUAGGAAACUGGCAGUUACAAGAAGAAGAGGAUAAGUUGAUUGAAGAUAAGGCUUUAACAGAUACCGAAUAUGCCAAAGAAAUAGAAGACCCAUUGGCAGUCUUAAAAGGGAUUUUGUCAGAGGAAGAAGCUAAACAAAUACCUGUGGAUCAAUUGGGGCAGAAAUUAUCAGAGAAGAAAGGGGUGUCCUGGAAUAAGAAGUACCGAAAGCAGUAUGGACCAUUACGAAAGUAUCUGCAGAAUCAUCCUCAGAUUUUUGAGUUCAGCCCUGAUGAAAACAAGGUUGGUCUGAAGGAAAAACACAAGCUCACUGUUAAGUCAGAUUUUCAAGGCAAGGAUCUCCAAAGCCCUCCUCAGAAGAAUGAUGUCCAGUGGGACUCAGAGAAAAUCCCUCCAAGGCUAAAGGACAGUUCUGCUGGUUGUCAUUGGUUUGAUCUGAAUGAUUCCAAAGUUCAGCCCAUCAAGGAAAAGGAUAUUGAGAAACAAUUUGAGGGGAAAGAGAGUGCCUACAUGCUGUUCUAUCGCAAAUCUCAGUUAAAAAGGCCACCUGAAGCACGAGGAAAUCCAAGGUACAAAAUACCCACACACCUUCUGAAUGAAAUGAAUGCUGCUAAUACUGAGCUGCAAAAAAAGAGAGCGGAAUGUGAUUCAGCCAACAACGGCAUUGAUGUACAUCUCCACUUGAGCUCAUGUUAUACGUUUCACAAUGGGGCUUUGCACCCUGCGCUUACUUGGAAAGAGAGUGUUGUGGAUUUGACUAUUGAUAGAAGGAAAACACUAGGAGACCUUCGGCAAUCAAUAUUCCAGAUGUUGGAAUCUUGGGAAGGAGACAUGAUCCUCAGUAUUGCCAAGCCUUUACCAGCAGGACUACAUCUUUACCAGACGCUUGAUGGAGAUGAGCUGACACUGGAUGGCAUUGGGCUGGCUGAUGGAGCAGAUGUCUUUGUGUGGAAUGGGAAAGAGGUUGGUGGCACAAAGGUGAUGACAGGCCCUGAUCAUGAACCCAUGGUCCUAAACAUUCUUCGUUUAGCGGAGUACAACGAGGGAGGGAAGGGUCAGCACUUCACAGAGUCACAGCACGUCUUUUCCUGCAGCACAGAACUGGGUGAGCUGCACAAAGCCUUAGCACCAGCUGGAGGAAUCAUUCUAAAGAACCUCUCGGGACCAGAGAAAGAAGCUAAGAACUGGGAAGUUCUUCUGGAAGAAGAUAUGAACAAAACAGUCAGAAGUGUUGGUCUCACAGAUGGGUGCUCAGUACUCAUCUUAGACAGCCAUGAUCAGAGCUUCGUGAAUGUGUCAAGUGGCAAUUUGACAGCUUUUACGUACGACAUCAGCUGGCUCCAAGUGAAAAACUUCUGCAGAACAGGAGAUGAAGAGAAACAUGUUAAAAUUACUGCCACUAUAGAAACAGUGAUGGCAGAUAUAAAAAUGAAAGCUAUAAGGGAGCUUCAGCUUGAGGAGGAGCUGGCAAAUGCCAGCUGUCUGAGGCCUGUCAGUGGAAAUGGGAAACUCCUGUCUCCAGUGCCUGAGGAUUAUACUGUCAAAGAAGCAGAACUGAAAAUGGGAAGCUUGCUUGGGCUGUGUCAUGGGAAAGCUCCAACUUCCACUCAGCUCUUCUUGUACUUCAUUAUCGGAAGUGACCACACUGCAACCCCUGAGAUGGAAAUAGUUGUGGAAGAGACUACUUCUGUCAAAGAGUGUCUAAAUUUAAUGCUGGAAAAGUCUGGAUUAUCAGGUCAGUUGUGUGACAACUGGCACUUAAGGAGGAUUGACUGGUGCUAUGAAGCAGGGGAAGCAUUGAGUCAGGAGAAUGCUACGCUGAAGGAACUGAAUGUUUGCAGAGGAGACACUUUGGUUAUAACUGAAGGAAAGCUUCCACCAAAGGGCUUCCUGAAGAUACCCAUCUGGUGGUUCAAGUCUUCAAGUCCUAAGAAACACAGAGAGCGUGCACCAGACCAAGUGAAUGGGCUGACUUGCCAGAUGGAUGCUUUGCAGGUGUCUCCUGCAGGAGAUUCACCAGGACACAUCUACACAGGCAUGGACCUUUGCUAUGCUGGCAGUAUAGAAAUAGCUGGAGAAGAUUCUUUGGAAGAUCUGAAGAUGCAGGCUCUGACCUUACCGUGCUGCCAGGAGCAGGUUGUCCCCCUGCCCUCAUUCCUCAGAGCAUGGACAGUGGACAGUAAGCGCCCAGGCAAGCUUUUACGAAGCAACAAGCAGCAACUCAAUGACUAUAGGCUGGGUGCCAGUGUGGAAAUCUGCAUAGAACCUUUGCAAAAAGAAGAGAAUUUGGGCCCACAUGAACUGCUGCUUCGAGUCCAGAUGGGAGUACCAGGAGAGAGGGACUACUAUGACUCCACAGAUAUGGUGUGGGAUAUCUCCAAGGAAUGCACAGCCAGGGCACUGAGGCAGAGAGUGGCUGCUCACUAUUGUCUCCCUGUAGAGAAAAUUGAAAUAGCCAAGUACUUCCCUGAAAGAUUUGAGUGGCUGCCAAUAUCCAGCUGGACACAGAAAAUCUCCAAGAGGAAAAGGAAGAAAAAGCUGGAGAGUUUACAGGCAGCACCAUACCACCUGAAGGAUGGAGAUAUCAUUGGAGUGAAGAACCUUCUCCUUGAUGACACAAAGGACUUCAGCACACUGAGAGAUGACAUUGGGAAAGAGAAACAAAGGCAGCUUACAUUAGAAAAGAAGAAAAGCCGGCAAGCUGAGCGCUUACAGCACCCGGCCUUCUCUGAGGAGAAGCUCAACAUGAAGCACCGUAAACCAGAAGUGGCUCUUUCUAUAAAUGUGGGUGUUUUCAGAUAGCAGCAGGAGGUGAUUUGCUCACCAGACCGUAGUACCCAUGUACUUGAUUGGAAUGGAGUAACCUCGCCAGGAGCAGCAAGAGGCUGUGCCCUGAAGCCUCUUGAAGGAUCAUGGAGACAAAGUGGAUUCAGGAUAACACUGAUUGUCUUCUAAUCUCUCCUGGGGAAGUUCUUUAGCAUCCCUUUAUUGAUGUGGUACUUAUUCUCAGGCUAGUUAAAUGCACUUUAUCCAUGAGAAAAUGGGUUAAUAUAAUAUAGAACCUUUUGGUGACUCUUUUGUAAUCACCAUUUUUCUGGUCAGAUGCUGAUGUCUUGUACCAUCACUGCUGAGUUUUCUGAGGUUCUUAAUGGAGUCAGAAUCAUCUCCUUUUACAGUUUUCCUUUGGUUUUUUCCAUCUCUGUUCGCUGAAGUUACUGAUGAUACCAGGAUUUGCUUUUAUCUCUUAACCUGAGCCUGUAGUUGCUGAGUCAGGAAUGAAGGAAAUACGGGAAUCUCUGGGCAAAGGGUACAAAAUUGGCUCAAAGAAGAGCGAGUUCAGAAUCUGCAAGCUGUAAGCCAUGGAGUUUCUUUGUUGUAUGGAACAGCAGUGUGCUGAGACUGCAUUUUAAAGUUGCAGGGCUUUUUUGUUGUCCAUAAGCUUCAUUAACAAAGUAUGGGAAAAAAUGGUGGAUCUGAUGUUUGGUUUUAUGUUGUUUUUUUUGUACUCUGGACAAAGGCUUAGUUUAGUUUCAGUCUUCUUGAGAGGACUUUCCCUCAUUUCUUCUAUUUCCAAUAGCUCUGAUUUGUUCAUAUGGUGCAUGUGAGGAAAUGGAAAUGUUACUGUUGGGGUCACAAAGCUGACUGACAGCCUCUGUAACAGGGAAUGUAUGUGGCUGAUCACCUGCUGAAUGCAGGAUCAAAGUUUCUUAAGCAUCAAGUAAAAUGGUUAUGGAAUGCUUGUGAGAUUGGAUGUCAAGCUUGGGAUGCCUGUAAUUACCUUAUGAAAGACCCUAUGUUUCUUGUGCUUGAGGCUGGGAUUCAGGGUUUAGUAGAAGCUGAUGUUUCAGUAACACUGUCAACACUUUUCUAGUGCUUACAACACUUGUGCAGUGGGAGAAGGAGACAGUUUAGUUUCCCCACUGCUUCAGUUGUACAUUAUCUCUACUUGACUCUGCAAUCCUAGUUCUCUGGGUGGAUUUCCUGACUGAGGUGAGGAUAGCAGUUGCUUUCUCCAUAUUACUGUGCAUCACCUUCCCUCUCACCAAGUGCUCUUGAGCCAGGCUUUACAGAAAGGUAAGCGAAAAAGGUUUGUGUUUGCAGGUUGUCCCAUUGCAUUGCACUUGCUG